AUGGCGCGGAAAGGGUCGCGGCUCCGCGAGGUCAUCAAGAGCCAGCUCCCGGACCGCAACGCCGUCCACGAGGCCAUGCACGAGGACUGGUUCGCCAUGGGCAAGCACCGCGUCCUCGAGGCCUUGGUGGCCGACAAGCAGGAGCAGCAGAAGGUCAAGGCCGUCUUCACGGCGCACUACAGGGCAGCACAAGAGAGCGAAAUUCCCAACUUCAAAGGCUCCGAUCUCGGCCGUUUUCCACUCGCGCACUACGUCCAGCUCGACGAGCUCUUCAAGACCUACGCGGCCUCCGGGUCGUCCAUCGCCACGGCCCAGGAGAUCGAGUUCAACGAGUUCACGGAGUUCGUCCACAACGCGAACCUCGUGGCCGAGGGCCCGGGGUCCCAGCAGGUCAUGCACAGCUGCUACAACGAGGCGAACGGCGACUUCUCGGGCGGCGGCCGCAAGAGCCGCGGCGGGCCGAACCGCAAGGUGUCGGCCGUGGCGUCCUUCCACGAGACGAAGCACAUCGAGCGGCCCGCCUUCUUCAACGCGCUGCUCUGGUUCGCGCUCUUCUGGGCGGGGCACCCGGACGGCCAGCCCGACCCGCUGAGCCGGCCCGGGUCGUCCGCGUCGGGCAAGCCCUCGUCGGGCAACUCGACGGCCUACCUCGCCAAGUUCGAGAAGAUCACGAACGCGAGCCGCCAGCUCCUCCAGCUGCUGGAGGAGAAGAUCCUGCCGCUCGUGCACAAGCGGCUGCCCGGAGCGCUCGGCAAGAUCGCGCUCGACCAGGACGACGUGCUGAGCCUCUUCUACGACGCCGAGGAGGACCUGCGGGGCAUCUUCCGCGCCCGCGCGAACACGUCCGACGACGAGAUCACCAUCACGGAGUUCGUCUCCGUCGUCGACGACGCGGGCCUCAUCGGCCGCGGCGGCGCGGCCGCCGCGUCCGCGGGCGGCGAGGGCGGCGACGCGCGGGCCCUCGAGGGGUCGACGACGCUCACGCUCAAGGACGUGCGCCAGGCCUUCGCCGCGUCCCAGUCCGAGGUCGCCUUCGCCGCGCCGGGCCACGAGAAGAAGAAGAAGAGCGAAUCCAGCCGCCGCGACGAGGCGCGCGACAUCCACACGUCCCACAGCCUCAUUACGACGAUCAUGUCCGCGGCGGAUUUCGCGCAUCUCGUGAGCCAGCACAUGGACAAGGAGAGCAACACGGCGAAGUCGCUCGAGGGCGCCACGCACAAGGCCACGGAGAAGUUCAAGGCCUUCCGCAAGCACGCGGCGCCCAAGGGGCCCCUCGUCGUCGGCGGCGGCCUCGACGCGUCCAAGGUCUCGGGCGCGGGCGCCGUGCGCCGCGCGGCGCGGAACGUGGGCCAGGAGGACGUCGCCCAGUUCAACCGCGCUUUAGCGAAAGCCGUCAAGACCGGCGGCAGCCCCACGGGGUCGAGCCGCGGCGUCAAGGCCGGAAACGACGGCGUCGCGGGCGUCGACCGGCGCGGGUCCGUCGUCGCGAAGAUCAAGACCAUCAAGGAGUCCGCGAGCGACUCGAGCGACUCCGACGCCGACUCCGAGGGCCGCGGCGACGCCGACAGCGACGAGGAGCCGACGCGCCUCGAGCCCUGGCGGCGCACCAUGUGGUUCCUGACAGGGCAGCAAAAGAGAGCGAAAUUCCCAACUUCAAAGGCUCCUUUCUCGGCCGUUUCCCUCUCGUUUCGGCUGACUUUUGGACGAGCGAUCAUCUCUCGGAGCGGUCUCGAAGCCUGGAUGUUCCUGAACUUCGGCAUGAACGACCCGUGCGUCGACGACGCCGUCGCGAAGAUGGGCGUCAAGACGUCGCCGCUCAAGGCGCCGCCGACGAUCCGCGGCCACCACGCGCCCGUCGCGCGCGAGGUCGAGCACGGCGACGGUGCGUCCGUCGCGACGGCCGCGACGACGGGCUCGACGGCGCUCGUCGGCGACCGCGACUCCGCGGCGACGCGGGCGACGACCGAGAGCGCGUCGAGCGAGAGCGACGGCGACUCGAGCGAGAGCGAGGGCGACGAGGACGACCUGGGCCAGCGCGAGGUCGUGUUGCGCCACUGCGUCGCCAAGGUCGCGCGCCAGGACCGCGUCCAGGGCCUCCGCCUCGAGGAGUGCUUCGUGACGCGCGUCGUCGCGCCGACCGCGAACUUCGACGGCGCGCCCGCCUCGGCCCGCGUCGCGCCGGCGAAAGCCGCGCACGUCUCGAAGCUGCUGAACGACGUCGUGAAGAUCCUCGUCGAGGAGAACGACCGCCCGACGCGCCUCAGGCUCCUCGAGUUCCUCCGGGAGCUCAAGCGGCGCCACGAAAACGGCGACGCGCCCGACCUCAACGAGGCCAUGCGCAAGGGCGCGAGCCGCGUCGUCGGCGCCCGGGUCUGGAACGCGGCGCUGGAGAAGGCCUGCGACGCGGCGCGGGUCGCCGUCGGCGCGUCCGCGGACGCCGCGCCCGUGCCCGAGGACGACGCGCCCGCGGAGGCGCCCGCGGCGGCCGCGGAGCCGCCCGCGGAGGGGCCCGCGCCCGCGGCGGCGCCGCCCGCCGAGGCCUCGGCGGAGGCGCUGACGCGCGCCCGCGAGGCCGAGGCGCUCGAGGCCGAGGCGAAGAAGGAAGCGGACGCCGAGGCCGAGGCCAAGGCUGCGGCCGAGGCGCAGGCCGUCGCGGAAGCGAAAGCUGCGGCCGAGGCGCAGGCUGUCGCGGACGCCAAGGCUGCGGCCGAGGCUAAAUCCGCGGCGGACGCCAAGGCCGCCGCGGACGCCAAGGCUGCUGCGGAGGCCAAGGCGGCCGCGGAGGCGAAAGCUGCUGCAGAGGCCAAGGCCGCCGCGGAUGCCAAGGCUGCCGCGGAUGCCAAGGCGGCCGAGACCAAGGCUGCUGCGGAGGCCAAGGCUGCUGCGGAUGCUAAGGCUGCCGCGGACGCCAAGGCUGCCGAGGCCAAGGCUGCUGCAGAGGCGAAAGCGGCUGCGGACGCCAAGGCUGCUGCGGACGCCAAGGCUGCUGCGGAGGCCAAGGCUGCUGCGGAGGCCAAGGCGGCCGCGGAGGCGAAAGCUGCCGCGGAGGUGAAAGCGGCUGCCGAGGCCAAAGCGGCCGAGGCCAAGGUUGCCGCGGACGCCAAGGCUGCCGCGGAGGCCAAGGCCGCUGCGGACGCGAAGGCUGCCGCGGAGGCGAAAGCUGCCGCGGACGCCAAGGCUGCCGCAGAGGCGAAAGCGGCUGCCGAGGCUGCCGAGGCCAAAGCGGCCGAAGCUAAAGCGGACGCCGAGCUCAAGGCGAAAGCGGACGCCGAGGCGCUCGCUGCGACCAAGGCGAAAGCGGACGCCGACGCGGAAGCGGACGCGGUCGCGCGAGAAGCCGAGGAGAAGAAGGCCGAGCCGACGGAGGCGACGGUCUGCGUGGCGGCCGAGGCGCCGAGCCCCGUCGCGGCGCCGGCCGCGCUCGAGGUCUCCGCCGCGCGGUCGCCGGUCGAGGCCGCGGAGUCGGAGCCCAACGCGGGGCCCGAGGGUGACGCGGCGUCCGCGGAGGAGGAGGACGACGACGAAGCCGCGGCCGCGUCGGACGCGCCGGCGCGCGAGCCGGAAGCGGCGGCCGCCGAGGACGACAAGCCGGCGAAGCCAGGAGCGGCGGACGACGCGCGACCACCCGAGCCGCCGGAAGCGGCGAAGCCGCAGCCCCGGCGGUCGUCGAUCCUCCAGACGAUCAUCGGCGUCGUCGGCAGCUUCCGCCGGUUUGAUCUGGGUCGAUGUCAACGCCCGACAGGGAGCGCCGGCGCGGAGCAGCGUGAGGACAGUCUGGCGGCGGCCGGAGUGGAGAGCGAAGAGCAACGGUGUGAAGCCACUAAUCUCCGCAGCAAGGUCCGCGCCGUAGUCAACGAGAAGCUGCACGAUGGAAGGUUUUCCGUCGUGACACGCCAAAUGGAGUGCCGUAAAGCCAACCGAAUUCCGAGCGUCGACCUCGGCGCCAACCGCGUCACGAUGACGCCCUCAACCUCCGCGCGCGUCGCGCCGAAGAAGCGCUCGUCGAACAGCCUCGACGGCAUCCGGAAGCAGUGCCUCGAGCGCAUCAAGCGCGACCGCGAGGCGGCGCAGGCGGCGCGGCGGUCGGCGCCGGCGCGCGCCGCGUCGGAGGCGUCGUGCCGCGAGCGCGCGCGGACGAUCCUCGACGACGUCCUGUCGUCGCGGGGCAAGCGGCGGCGGAGCGAUAGCGGCGACGGCGAGCCGGACGCGGACGAGCCCGGGCCGCCCGCGCGCCUCUUCGACGGCGGCGACGACGACGACGACGCCCUGUCGGCGGAGGAGGAGGCGGCGCUCGUGCGCGAGCUCCUCGAGGAGAUCCAGGCCUACGAGGCCGCGCGCGCGGACGAGCACGCGCUCGAUCUGGCCAUGGAGGCGCUCGCGGCCGAGGCCGCGGGCCUCGCCUUCGACGAGGACGAGGCCCUCGGCGCCGACGACACC